UAAGAAGCUGCUGUAUUUGGUACUCAACCAAGUCAAGGCACAGCAACACUAAGGUAUUAAACUGCCUGGACAACUGA